UCUUUUCGAUCUCCCUCUCUCUCUCUCUCUCCUGUUCUUACCUUGAUUGAACUUUUUACAAUUAUGAAAUUAGUUUAGGUUUCUUGAUUUACAUAGAUAGGUAGGUAUCUCUGGAGUUUCAGUGAAUGAGUAAUGCUUGACAUGCGUAUUGAUUUAUGAACCUCUUCCGCAGACAUUGAUGUCUUUCUUUCAAAGAUUUGAAUUUGUUUUGUAAUCUGUUAGCCUUAGGGGUUAGACGUGGUGACUGUCAUAAUGUAUUGAGAAAUAGCACAAUAGAUUCUUUUCUUAGUUGAUGGUUUCAAUCUUUGUGCAUUCACUUGUUUGCAUGCUCAUAAUAGUGCAGACACCGACACUCUUCUUACAACAAUCAAGAUGUGAGCUUUCUGCAUUUACUAGUUGAGAGUAAGUCUCCUACGGUGGAUAGAAGAAAUACUCACAAUAUGAUUAUGGAACCAAUAUGUCUUGUGUGUUUUUAGCUCUCCAUGCUGUUGGUGCACUACUUCCUUGUUCACAACUCACUUUUAUUUUUGGUCCAUUGGACAAGGAUAAAGAGGCAGACAAAGAUGCUGAAUUCAAGGUCAACUGGAAGCGAGUAGCUAUCACGAGCAUGUUUGGGCUUGGUUUUGUCGGACCUGUUGGCCACUUCUGGUACGAAGGGUUGGAUAAAUUCAUAAAGCUGAAGCUUCGAUAUGUACCAAAGUCAACACGUUUUGUAGCAGCCAAAGUUGCAAUGGAUGGUCUUAUCUUCGGCCCCAUAGAUCUGCUCGUAUUCUUCACAUACAUGGGUUACGCCACGGGCAAGAACACAUCUGAAGUGAAAGAAGGACUCAAGAGGGAUUUUCUUCCGGCUCUAGCUCUUGAGGGAGGAGCAUGGCCGCUUCUUCAGAUCGCUAACUUCAGAUACGUUCCCGUGCAGUACCAGCUUCUUUACGUCAACAUCUUUUGCCUUAUAGACAGCGCUUUUCUCUCGUGGGUCGACCAACAGAAGGAUGCAGCUUGGAAGCAAUGGUUCACUACUCCGUUUCUAACGCUUAAAGAACGAGGUGGCACUGAUGGAGUAUGAUUCGUUUUUCCAUCUCAACUGAAAACAAAACUGAGUGUAAUUGCGAUUCUCAACAACCAAAGUUGCCACACAGAUUCUUGAAUCAAAAAUAUUAUUUCGUUUUCUAAAGAA